AUGCAAAUUAUUGUUAGCUGGUAUGCUCAAUUUUAUUCAUUGAAAGUUACCAGCGAAACUGAAGUACUAAAUUUAAUUCUAUCAAAUGCUAGAGUUUAUCGUGAUUUAAUAGAGGCGCUCGAUUACCAAAAAAUGAUGAAUAAUAAAAUUGCUAAUAUUAAUAAUAUCGAAUUACAUAAUUGGAAUAAUAAUAUAAUAGUUCAUCCAUGGCCUGAGAAAUAUUCGAAUUAUUUGAUUGAUAUUGGAUUAAUUGAAAAUAAAUCAACUAAUAAAUAUGAUUGUAUUGUUAUUGAAAUGAAUCCAUUUGAGACAACUACUCAUCCAUGUUUAUUUGAUUGGACAAAAGAUAAUAAUCAGUUAAGAGGACAAAGAAAUGAAAUAGAAAUACGUGUACAAUUAGAUUAUUAUCCAAAUGUUGAAGAUUAUGUUGAAUUUAUUCUUGAUAUUAAUCAAUAUGAUGGAAAGAAUAAUUCCUCAUCUGAUCAUUCUAGCAAAGAACCCUAUUUUAUCUUUUUAGAUAAGAUGAAAACACAACUUUCUUUAUGA